GUUUUUCCUCUCGCUUUUUACUCUGUUUUCCUCUGUUUUCUGGGGUUCUGUCUUUGGGUUUUGUGGGAGCAGAGAUGAACUGCACGGCUACCGGCGGGAAGGAGAAGUUGGUGGUGGAGGUUGUGGCGGCGCAUAACUUGAUCCCGAAAGAUGGGGAAGGGUCAAGUUCGCCGUUUGUGGAGGUGGAGUUUGAGAACCAGAGGCAGAGGACUCAGGUGAAGAGGAAGGACUUGAAUCCUAUAUGGAAUGAGAAGUUGGUUUUUCACAUUGUGGAUGUUGCGGAUCUUCCAUAUAGAAUGAUUGAGGUUAAUGUUUUUAACGAGAGGAGGUCGAGUAAUAACAGGAACUUUCUCGGGAAAGUUAGGGUUUCUGGGUCUAGUGUUGCUAAGGAAGGUGAAGGAGCGCCGCAGAUGUAUUCUCUGGAUAAAAGAAGCCUUUUUUCGCAUAUUAGGGGAGAGAUUACCCUGAAGCUUUACGUCUCUACAAGAGAAGAGGCUAAAGAUCAAGUGGGUAUUGAUAACGGCGGGAUGGUCCCUGGUUCUGGUUCUGGGUUCUUGAAGAACAAGAAGGUGCAGCAGCAAAACCCUGCUUUAGUGGUGCAGCAGAACCAGUUGGGUCAAGAGAACAGGCCAAUGCUACAGGGUCAGAACCAUGCAAAGCCGGUGGAGCCAAAGCCAGGGGAGAUCAAGCCUGUUGUCAUCACCACUGGUCCUGGCCCCACCAUGCCCGGAGGAACUCCAGGUGAGGCUAGUGUUGGUGGUGGCCCUUUGAACAUCUUCUCAAAUGGGUCUUCUGAGUUUUCCCUCAAAGAGACAAGUCCUCACCUUGGUGGUGGCCCUUUGAACAAGGACAAAACCAGUUCAACCUACGACCUUGUCGAGCAAAUGCAAUACCUUUAUGUGAGGGUGGUGAAGGCUAGGAAUGUCUCCCUGUUUGGCGGCGGAGAGAUUGUGGCAGAGGUGAAGUUGGGGAACUACAGGGGAGUGACGAAGAGGGUGAAUUCAAGCAACAUGGACUGGGACCAAGUCUUUGCCUUUUCUAAAGACUGUAUACAGUCAUCAAUGGCAGAGAUUUUUGUCAAGGAGAGCAACAAAGAUGACUUUUUGGGCAGAAUUUCUUUCGAUUUGAACGAAGUUCCCAAAAGGGUUCCUCCGGAUAGUCAAUUGGCACCACAGUGGUACAGAAUGGAAGAUAAAAAGGGAGAAAAACUGAAAGCGGAAGUCAUGGUUUCGAUAUGGUUUGGGACUCAAGCGGACGAAGCAUUUGCAGAGGCGUGGCAUUCCAAAGCAGCGAAUGUGCAUUUUGAUGGGCUCGGCUCGAUCAAAUCCAAGGUUUAUCUGUCACCAAAGUUGUGGUAUUUGAGAGUUUCUGUGAUUGAAGCCCAAGAUAUUAUUCCCGGUGAGAAGGGUUCGACAAUGGUGAGGUUUCCAGAACUUUUUGCAAAAGUUCAGGUGGGGAAUCAGGUGUUGAGGACUAGGAUUUCUCCCCCGAGCUCUAGCCGGAGCUUCUCCAAUCCUUUCUGGAAUGAAGACUUGUUGUUUGUGGUGGCAGAGCCGUUUGAGGAUUAUCUGUCGGUUUCUGUGGAGGAUCGCGUGGGGCCCGGAAGAGAAGAGGUGAUCGGAAGAGUAUUCCUUCCGUUGACGACAAUGGAAAGGAGAACUGACGACAAACCGGUGGUGUCUCGGUGGUUCAAUCUCGACAACCAUUUUGGCCUCUCUGCCUCUGAUCAGUCGAAACUCGUCUCCAGAUUUGGGUCUAGAAUUCAUCUCCGGCCUUCCCUUGACGGAGGCUAUCAUGUUCUUGACGAGGCCACCAUGUAUAGCAGUGACGUCCGGCCAACUGCAAAGCAACUGUGGAAGCCCCACAUUGGGGUUCUUGAAAUGGGCAUUUUGGGCGCAACGGGGCUCAUGCCGAUGAAGAUCAAGGAAGGGAAAGGAAGUACCACGGAUGCUUAUUGUGUAGCUAAAUACGGGCAGAAAUGGGUGAGAACAAGAACCGUCGUCGAUAGUCUGUCGCCCAAAUGGAAUGAGCAGUACACUUGGGAGGUCUUUGACCCUUGCACGGUGAUCACCAUUGGAGUGUUUGAUAGUUGUCGGAUUGACAAGAACGUCUUCAACAAUUCCGGUGGUCGGGAUUCAAGGAUCGGGAAGGUUAGAAUUCGGCUGUCCACGUUAGAAUCCGACCGGGUUUACACCCAUUCGUAUCCCCUUCUUAUGUUACACACCACCGGGGUCAAGAAAAUGGGUGAGCUUCAUUUGGCUGUGAGGUUCUCUUGUGCUAAUAUGGGCAACAUGUUGCAUACGUACAUGCUGCCUUUGCUACCAAAAAUGCAUUAUGUGCAGCCUUUGGGUGUGAACCAAUUAGAGACCUUGAGGUACCAGGCUCUGAAUGUGGUGGCAUCCCGGCUCAAUAGGGCGGAACCACCCCUUGGGCGGGAGGUUGUGGAGUACAUGCUUGAUCAUGACUCUCAUAUGUGGAGCAUGAGAAGAAGUAAGGCAAACUUCCUCCGGCUGAUGAAUGUGAUUUCAGGUGCGGUUGCCUUGAACAGGUGGGUGGACUCCAUCCGCAAUUGGAACAAGCCGGUGUACUCAGCCUUGUUUGUUGUUGUCUUCCUAUUGCUGGUUGCAUUUCCGGAACUCAUAAUCCCAGCAAUACUCGUCUACAUGGCGUUUGUUGGACUUUGGCGAUACAGGUCCCGACCCCGGCAACCACCCCACAUGGACACAAGGCUCUCUCAUGCUGAGAGUGUUUAUCCAGACGAGCUGGACGAGGAAUUCGAUUCAUUCCCCACAAGUCGGAGUGCAGACCUGGUUAGGAUGAGGUAUGAUAGGCUGAGGAGUGUGGCAGGGAGAAUUCAAACUGUGGUGGGGGAUAUGGCCACACAGGGGGAAAGGUUUCAGGCACUGCUAAGUUGGAGGGAUCCGAGGGCGACGUUCUUGUUUGUGAUUUUCUGCCUUUUUGCUGCUGUGGGGUUCUAUGCUGUUCCACUCAGGGUUGUGGUGGCUUUGUGGGGGCUGUAUGCACUGAGGCCACCAAGGUUCAGGAGUAAGCUGCCGUCCAGGGCUUUGAGUUUCUUCAGGAGGCUGCCAACUAAAGCAGAUAGUUUGCUGUAAACUAUAGGUCUAGGCCAAUUAGUGGGAUCAACAUCUAAACACAGCAAAAACUUAGGUUUUUGGAUUCUGGACAUGUUUUUAGAAUGAUUAGAUGCUUUUGAUGAUGCAAAGUGGUUAGGUUAGGUCUUAACUAUUUGUGAAGCAAGCUAUGUGCAACUCACAAGUUCCCUCCAUGUUUAUGCUUUUAUGCAAGUGUCUUCUGUUAUUUAGCUCAGAUGAUUUGUAUCUUUGCUCACUGCAAAAGUUAUUAUG